CCAUCUCCAUCAUCAUCAUCGCCUUCUCCUCUUCUCUCCUUCCUCUCUCUUUCACUCACCAUUGACUUUACUGUUCUCACAUCAUGAACCCCAUUCGUCCCCUCCAGCGAUUAGGCCGCGUUGUCGGCCGACAAUCUGUCGUCCCAGCGCUGUCGCGCAGCUUCACCAGCUCCGUUCCGUCGUUAUCAAAUGCACAGCCUCCGCGGGGCUGGACGCCGACGCCGUUUGUCACAGAGACUGUGGGAGGAGGCUGGCACACAUACGACAUCUUCUCUCGCCUACUCAAGGAACGAAUCAUCUGCCUAAACGGCGAAGUCGACGAAACCAUGUCGGCCUCCAUCGUCGCGCAACUCCUCUUCCUCGAAGCCGACAACCCCCAAAAGCCCAUCCACCUAUACAUCAAUUCCCCGGGGGGCUCCGUAACCGCCGGUCUCGCCAUCUACGACACCAUGACUUACAUCGCAUCCCCCGUGAGCACCAUCUGCGUCGGCCAAGCAGCCUCCAUGGGCUCCCUGCUCCUAUGCGGCGGCCACCCCGGCAAACGCUUCUGUCUCCCGCACUCGUCGAUCAUGGUACAUCAGCCCUCGGGCGGAUACUUCGGACAGGCGAGUGAUAUUGCGAUUCAUGCGAAGGAGAUUCUGCGCGUGCGCAGCCAGUUGAAUAAGAUUUAUAAGCGGCAUUUGACGGGCAAGAAGGAGAUGACGUUGGAGGAGAUUGAGAAGUUGAUGGAGAGGGAUUAUUUUAUGGGUGCCAAGGAGGCGUUGGAGAUGGGUAUUGUGGAUGAGAUUUUGGAGAGGAGGGUGGGCGAGGAGGGGAAGGUGUAGGGCAGGUUGGUGGGAUACCCUUUGUCUUUUUGUUCUGUCGGUUGGGUUGGGUUGGGUUGUGCUUGGGGAUAGGUAUGGUAUGAUAUGGUAUGGCUGUCGGUCUUGGUGUAGUUAUUAUCAAUAUCCCUGUGAUGACUUAUGGCUAUAAUGGAGGUAUAGGUAGGAUUGACAUACAGUAUCAUCAGCAAUUAGAUUGAAAUCGCG